UAGGAUUUAGACGUUUGAAGGCAUAUCAAAGCUCUUCGCAUCGCGUCGCGCCGCGCCGCGUUGAGUCGUCGGGACUACCCUCCUCCGUCCCGGUCUUCGACGGAUCUCUCAGGAAAGCGAGAGAGGAGAAGAAUCACGCUGCAGAGCAGCACGUGUGCUGCACUCGCGUGGAUCGCGCGCGACUAGCCGCGAGAGUGAAGGGGUGUCCUCGCGAGCAAGUAUCGACUUCGGUUGGAGCAGUAGAUCGGAGUUCGAAACUUCGAAUCGGAGUGUCGGAUCCCGCGCAAGUGACAGCGACGGACUCUGCGACUCACCUCCGGGAACUGUGAUUCGUACAUACGAGGUGCAACGAAAGUAGAAACCGGCUAACGGAUUCGCAGUGGUGCCUUCGUCGAACGAAGACGUCGAAGGGAGGACGGACACCGUCGGCCGUCGGCAGCUCUUGUGAACGAGAAGUGUUUAAAGGCCCGAAGAUUCUGCCUUCGCAGCAACUGGGCGCUGCGGUCGCUCCAUGGCCGGGCGCAACCGGCCUCAUAGCUUCGGUCACUGCUGACGACAUGGCACACAAGGGACACAGCGGGGUAAACCAGCUGGGAGGUGUCUUCGUCGGCGGUCGGCCACUUCCGGACUCAACACGGCAAAAGAUCGUCGAGCUUGCACAUUCGGGCGCACGACCAUGUGACAUCUCCAGGAUACUACAGGUCAGCAACGGCUGUGUCUCCAAGAUCCUCGGCAGGUACUAUGAGACCGGAUCUAUAAGGCCCAGAGCCAUAGGCGGCAGCAAACCGCGCGUGGCAACGGCAGAAGUCGUCAGUAAGAUCUCGCUCUACAAAAGUGAGUGCCCGUCCAUCUUCGCGUGGGAGAUUCGAGAUCGCUUGUUACAGGAAGGAGUGUGCACGAACGACAACAUCCCGAGCGUGUCCUCGAUCAACAGGGUACUGAGGAAUCUGGCCGCGCAGAAGGAGCAGAGGCAGCAGCAACAGCAGCAACAAGGGGUGGGCGCCGUGGGGGUUGGCGUCGGUGCCGGCAGUCCGGCGGAGAGCGUUUACGAUAAACUCAGGCUACUAAACGGACAGACUACCGGUUGGCCGCGACCCAAUCCCUGGUAUCCGUCGAGCGCGGGAAGUCCGUUUUCGUCGAUACAAUCUAGUUUGAGUCCGAGCCAUUGUUCGUCUCUGCCACCGGAUCCAGCGGAUAUAUUGCACGCGAAGAAAGUAACCGAGCUCGAGGGUGGCGCGCACUCGGACGAGACGAAUAGCGGGGGUGACAACAGCAACGCUGGUAGCGUGUCAGGCGGCGCCGACGACGAUCAGGCACGUCUUCGCCUAAAGAGGAAACUGCAAAGGAAUCGCACGAGCUUCAGCAACGAGCAGAUCGACGCGCUCGAGAAGGAGUUCGAAAGAACGCAUUAUCCAGACGUAUUCGCCAGGGAAAGACUUGCCGGCAAGAUCGGCCUACCGGAGGCGCGAAUACAGGUCUGGUUUUCGAAUCGGCGGGCCAAGUGGCGGCGCGAGGAGAAAUUGCGCACGCAACGGAGGGAUAAUCCACCACCGCCACCGCAGCAACAACAGCAACAACAGCAACACACUGCCGGCGUAAGCCUGGUGGGUGCUGGCCACCCGACGCCGCCGCCACCCUCGGGGAUACUCGGGGGCCAGCCGCCUCCGCAGGCACCACCCUCGCCCCCUAGAAUACAUCACGGGUUUGCGCCCACCGCUGUGUACCCCGGAAUACCCAGCAUGCCUGACUCGUACAGGUCUAAUAUCACCUGGCGUGAGUGUGCCAAUCGCGGUACCAGGUCAACCGGCACCCGACAUGGCGGCGCAAUAUUGGUCACCGAGGCUGCAGUGACCGUGGUGGUCGUCGAUGUCGACCUCAUCUCCGUAGACUUGAGCUUCUCUAGCUUACAGUUCGUGUCGCGUACGAGAAAAUGACACACGGUCACGCGAUCGUAAAGCGCAGUCUCCGGAAAUCCACGCGUUAUGGUCGAUCAUGCGUGCGACUGUUCCGUAGUAUAAAAUAAAUUGAAAUGGGCUAUCAUACCCGUACGUCUCGUUCAAACCAAAGUUCCAUGUGGAAACGAGUUUGAUCUGUCCGUAUUCGCGUUCGCUCUAUUCUCGUUUUUUAUUUUAUUUUAUUUUAUUUUUUGUCAGAUGAGUGCAUUAUUUCGGAAAAUUUCGAGGAAACGUCACUGCGAAUUCGCUAGUGCUUACUAAUGAAGAUCAUCCGAAGCACGAAGAUCUCAAUUUAUUCUGUCACUCCCGGUGAGGGCGAGGAACUAGAUUCAUAAUUGAAUGGCUCUAGCGUGAUUCCGUUUUGUGUAAACUAACAACAAAUCUACGGUGUAGUACUCGUGUAAUUACAAUACAAAAUGCGGCAUUGAGUUUACAGGCGGAUUAAUUGAUCUCUGUGUAUAAUCGUGAAUUUCAUCACUGUCAAAUCGAAUUUCCGUGUCCCGUGCUGAAAAAAAUCGAUAUAUCUACAUUUGCUAUUGCGACACUUACCGAUCAUGUCCCUCAUUGUUAUCAUAGGCGAAUGACUAAUGCUGCUUUCCCAUACUUUCACUAACGAUGUUUGGUAUCGUAAUGUGCGAAGAGACACUCUCCUCUUUAUUUCGAUGUUAUAUCAGAAUAUAAGUCAUAGAAACACACAAUCGUUGUUAGACGUAUUAAUACGCCAAUCUGUGACAAUCCGUGAUUUUCAUAUGACACAUGAUACAUGAAUGAUCGGCAAAGUGGAAAAAUCUCUCAAAGCAUCAUCUGCAUAUGUACACCUUUGUAAGCUCGCUUUAAUUCGUACAAUUAUAUCUCCGAGCCGAGACAUCUUUGAAAUAGAACUGAUGAGUAAGGUGAGACGCGGUAGAACAAAAAAAAAGAAAGAAAAAGAAUUGUCGGCAAUGUGCAACUCGUGUAAAAAUAAUUAGCGCGAAGAUUUAAGAGGAAAAGAAUCGCUCCCGAGGAUUUCCGCGGAGAGUUUUUAUUCGCAACGUUUCGUAGGUGUAACUCCUAUAAGCAGGAAGAAAAGAAAUAAAAUAGUUUCUAAGUCGAUAUUGUGUUAUUAUUUAUACUCGUGAAACAAGAAU